GCUCCGUGAGCAGCGCGAACUCUCUGCCGGAUGCGUCUCCGUUUCCGCAGCGGUUGAUAGUGCUGACCAAAACAAGUUCCAUAACUGGCAACGACGGCAUGGAGGUCUUGGACACUGAAAGCCCCGCCAGUCCCGUACAGCGUCGCAGCAACCGCUUCUUCAUUGCGCCAAAAGACAUGGACGUUCGGUUAGUUGUAGGCGAUGCAGUCAAACUCACGCGCCCUACCGUUCCCACACGACCGGUGGAUGAGAGCAGACCCCCGAAAGCUAUGAGGAGCUCAGUUACACGGCCAGGAAGUGUACCAUUAUCGAGCGCCCAAGAUAGGAACAUCCACCGACAGGCCGAGAUGCGCCCCACAAGUGGCCUACUAUCAAGCACUCUUGACAAGGCAGUCAUCUGUGGUGAUGAGAUACGGCCCAAAAAUGGACUACUAUUGAGUGCUGCACAUCCUCCAGCAUCAGCGCCGGUGCCUACCGGGUCGGGUGUGCGCAAUCGUCGUGCGUUGAUGGUAUCCAGUAGGACCGCUUAUGUGGACUUUGUCGGCUCACACGAGACUGUUCUGUGAAGCGGCCACUCGAAAGAUGCUGCGAUGCGUGUCACUUAAGAGAUGGGUCAGAGAUCACAUGAAACGUGAAUGAGAAUGAGAUCAAGAAUGAGAAUGAGAAUGUGAAGGAGAAUGGGAUGAAUGAAACGGCGUGCGGGUUUACUAUUAUAAGACAGCUCACCAUAUAGUGCAGGCAGAAGGAUAGAAACAACGAGAUAUGGUGAGAGAUAGAAAUAUAGAAUAUAAUGUUAUGGUGGAAGACCAGGGCCUGGUCCGAACGCUCCAAAUAUUGUAUAUAAGGAGCGAGACUUGCCCAAUGGACCCCACACAUUAUGGCAAUAGUUUCAACGAAGACACAUUAAAGCAAACGAACAUACGC